AUGGGUUCCGUUUCCCCAGCAACCCUUCCUGCGCUCAAGACAAAUCCCAAGUUCAUCUUCUUCACGGAUUUUGACGGCACCAUCACUCAGCAAGACAGCAAUGACUACAUGACGGACAACCUGGGCUUUGGCCCGGAGCUGCGUCGCAAGGGCAACCAGGACGUGCUCCAUGGCCGUCGCCAUUUCCGCGAUGCCUUCCGGGAGAUGCUCGACAGCAUUAGCACCCCCUUGGACCAGUGCAUCGACAUCCUCCGCAAGAACAUCGACCUCGAUCCUGGCUUCAAAGAGUUCUUUCACUGGGCCAAGGAGAACAACAUGCCCAUUGUCGUCCUGAGUGGUGGCAUGGAGCCCAUCAUCCGCGCCCUGCUUGCCCACAUGCUCGGCGAGGAGGAGGCCAAGUCGCUGCAGAUUGUUAGCAACCAGGUUGCACCGAGGCCCGGGAAGAGCAUCAACGAUGAGAAUGGAUGGCAGAUUGUGUAUCAUGAUGACAGUGGGUUUGGACACGACAAGUCCCUAGAGAUCCGUCCUUACGCCAGACUUCCAGCUGAGGAGAGGCCGGUCCUCUUUUACGCUGGUGACGGUGUGUCUGAUCUGUCAGCCGCCAAGGAGACUGACCUGCUCUUUGCCAAAGCAGGACGCGUAAAGGAUAUCGCUGCGGGAAAACUGUCUGUAAAGGAGGCUGCCUCUGGUAGGCAAUGA